CGCCUCAAUCAUCUGUGUGCGGAGCAACCUUUACGGAGCUGAGCGUAUCUGCUGCGUGAAUUGGAAAGGGCGAGUCGACCUGCGGCUCCAGCGAGUCUACAGAGUGAAAACACGAGGUUUGGGGAGGCAAUGAGCCUUUCCUUUUCAGAAGAACUGAAAAUUGGAGACGAGAGAUUAUAGAACCUAAUAGCGUGUAUCUAAUUUUUGGGAGCGUAGACCGUGACUGUGACUGCUUGUCUGUGUGGCAAGGUGUGUCCUUCAGGCAGAUGCAGAAGAAAAGAUGCAGCUGCAAUAUGAAGGGGGCAGCAAACUCCCUGAAUCCAGCGUGUUACCUCGAAGAGCUUUGCUGAAUUCCUGCUGAAUGCUUCGCUUUAUGCAACCGGCAAACCCUUCCAUCAGCUGGAAGCCUGCAUGGCAUUUGCUGCUCGUAUCCUUACCUGACCCGGGCAUUCGGCAAACAUUCCUUCGGCAGGCUGUCAUGUUUCUCCAUGCCCCGAUCAGCAGACGCUCACACAUUCCUCCUGGCCAAACUGCCUUCGGGUUCCUGCCAGUCCGAAAUAACUCUGCGGAGCUUCUGCUGCGACACGUUUUCCCAACGACGUUCCUGAGACUGAACGAGAACACAAUUGACCCUGCAGGAGGCUUUUCCAACUCAUGGCAACGUGGCUGUCAUGGCCAUUACACUAUUAUCAGAUGGUGUAGUCUCCUCUGGGAUAUUUUCCAGCGCAGAGGGGACCACUCAGCCGGCAAAGAAAGAACUUCGUCAAGCGGGACAAGAGCGAGGUCACCCCCAGCACAACCCACCACUGGCUCCGAGGCAAAUGCCUUUCGUCCCCAGGUCUCAAAGCACCUCAGUAGGAAGCGCAGGAUCACCAGCCCUGUUUAACACCAGGGGAAACUGAGGCACGGCCCUGGACGUGACCUGCCCGAGGUCCCGCAGCAGGACAGCCACGCGGUCCCUACCUGCACUGGUCGGCCGCUGGUAGCAAAGGACUUGGCUCGGGGAGCUGUGAGCGCUGAAAAUGGCGAGAUUCCUGCGUUUUCCCCGUAACCACUGUCUCAUCGCGCUGUUCUUCGCCUCCCUGAGCCCGCUGGGCUUUGCCCAGUAUGAACACUGGCCCUACCUCCCCGGUUACCCCGAGCCACCCCCGCAGGUAUACCAGCCCCCCCAGAGGCCGGCCAACGUCCCCAAGAUCCAGCUGCGGCUCGCGGGGCAGAAGAGGAAGCACAACGAAGGAAGGGUUGAGGUGUUUUACAGCGGAGAGUGGGGCACGGUGUGCGACGACGACUUCUCCAUCCACGCCGCGCACGUGGUCUGCAGGGAGCUGGGCUACGUGGAGGCCGUGUCCUGGCUGCCCAGCUCCAAGUACGGAAAGGGGGAAGGGAAAAUUUGGCUGGACAACGUCCACUGCACGGGCAAGGAGAGCACCCUGGCGGCGUGCACGUCCAACGGCUGGGGGGUGACGGACUGCAAGCACACCGAGGACGUGGGGGUGGUCUGCAGCGAGAAGAGGAUCCCCGGCUUCAAGUUUGACAACUCCUUGCUUAACCAAAUAGAGAACAUGAACAUCCAGGUGGAGGACAUAAGGAUCCGGCCCAUCCUCGCCACCUACCGCAAGCGGGUGCCCGUCACCGAGGGAUACGUGGAGGUGAAGGACGAGGGGACCUGGAAGCAAAUCUGCGACAAGCACUGGACCAUGAAAAACUCCCGCGUCGUCUGUGGCAUGUUUGGGUUUCCGAGCGAGAGGAAAUACAACACCAACGUCUACAAGAUGUUUGCCAGCAGAAGGAAGCAGCAUUACUGGCCGUACUCAAUGGACUGCAGUGGGAACGAAGCUCACAUCUCCAGCUGCAAACUGGGCAACCACCUCAACGUGGACACGGGGAAGAACGUGACAUGCGAGGACGGGAUGCCCGCUGUCGUCAGCUGCGUCCCCGGACGCGCCUUCGCCCCCAGCAGCCACAGCGGCUUCCGAAAAGCCUUCAGGCAAGAGCAACCCUUGGUGAGGCUGAAAGGAGGAGCCAACACGGGCGAAGGACGAGUGGAAGUGCUGAAAAACGGGGAGUGGGGGACGGUUUGCGACGACAACUGGAACCUGGUGUCGGCCAGCGUGGUGUGCCGGGAGCUGGGCUUUGGCAGCGCCAAGGAGGCGAUAACGGGCGCCAGGCUCGGGCAAGGCAUGGGUCCGAUUCAUCUCAACGAAAUCGACUGCACGGGCUUUGAAAAAUCCCUCACGGACUGCAAAUUCAACACGGAGUCGCAGGGUUGUAACCACGAGGAAGACGCUGCCGUGAGAUGCAACGUCCCAGCCAUGGGUUUCCAGAAUCAGCUGCGUCUGAGCGGCGGCCGCAACCCGUACGAGGGCCGGGUGGAGGUUUUGGCGGAACGCAACGGCACGUUGAAGUGGGGGACGGUCUGCAGCGAGAACUGGGGCACGGUGGAGGCCAUGGUGGUGUGUCGGCAGCUGGGCCUGGGCUUCGCCAGCCAUGCCUUCCAGGAAACCUGGUACUGGCACGGAGAUGUCAGCGCUGACAACGUGGUCAUGAGCGGCGUCAAGUGUUCGGGGACGGAGAUGUCCCUGGCCCACUGUCGUCACGAUGGAGCCCAUGUCUCCUGUCCCAGAGGAGGCGGUCGCUUCGGUGCUGGUGUGUCCUGCUCGGAGACUGCCCCGGACCUGGUGCUCAACGCGGAGCUGGUGGAGCAGACUGCGUACCUGGAGGACCGGCCGAUGUUCAUGCUGCAGUGCGCGCUGGAGGAGAACUGCCUGGCCAGCUCCGCCGCCAACACCUCGGUCACCUCGGGGUACCGGCGCCUGCUGCGCUUCUCCUCCCAGAUCCACAACAACGGCCAGUCCGACUUCCGCCCCAAAAACGGCCGCCACGCCUGGGUCUGGCACGACUGUCACCGACAUUACCACAGCAUGGAGGUUUUUACCCACUACGACCUGCUGAACCUCAACGGAACCAAGGUGGCCGAGGGACACAAAGCCAGCUUCUGCCUGGAGGACACCGAGUGCGAAGCAGAUGUGCAAAAACAGUACGAAUGCGCCAAUUUUGGUGAACAAGGCAUCACGGUGGGGUGCUGGGACGUGUACCGGCACGACAUCGACUGCCAGUGGAUCGAUAUCACCGACGUCCCGCCGGGCGAUUACCUCUUCCAGGUUGUCAUCAACCCGAACUACGAAGUUGCUGAAUCCGAUUACUCGAACAACGUGAUGAAGUGCAGGAGCCGCUACAACGGGCAGCGCAUCUGGAUGUACAACUGCCACAUAGGCGGCUCCUUCAGCGACGAGACGGAGCAGAAGUUCGAUCACUUCAGUGGACUCACAAAUAACAAGGUGUCCACCCGAUAGAACGGCGGCACCUCCCACCCCACUAUUUAAAGAAGCGAGGUCUCCCGCUUCGGUCAUUUCCCUAACCACUGCACACAAAGGAAAGAAAAUCAAGCAAACAAUCAAACUCUACGUUAGCAAGGUAAAUUAUUUCCUGAAGGCGCCUUCCUUCCCAGUUUAGGUGCUCAGACCACCAUGUAUCUCUAAUUCCAGUCCUAAAUACCGCGGUCCUUAGGAGCGGGAUUUUAGACUCAGCUCCGUAUCUUCACCGUUCCAACCUUCUCCCUCUGCUCGGCAGCACCAUCUUUAUUCCCAGACACAGCAAACGCAAUUUGCCUUUGUUUGGGUCCCACCAACCUGAAGGUGUCUUGACUGUUCAUUUUCUCCAAGGCAUUAAUCUCGGUAUCUUUAAGCUCUUUUGACUCAAGCUUGAACGCACCAUUGAUGCAAACGCCUCCAUUUGUGACGCGGCUUCUCGAACACAGCUAAUCCUCCGUACCGCCACCGAUUACUCCGUUUUAGCAAAGAAAUAAAGGGGAAAAACCAAGAAAAAAGGAGCAGCUUUUUCUCAGCAGAACAGCAUAAAGCAUAAUUUAAUACUCUUGAAACUCUGGUAUCCAACAACCAACCCCCAGCACAACCUCCGCAGAACUGUUUUCUGCUCCAACCUCCACCGUCGUAUCCCAAAGACUUUGCGCAUCUCCUGAUGAUGAGUCCACUGGGCUGGGAAAUCCCAUUCCACAAGUAAGCUAUUUGCCCAAAACAUCCUACAUGUCUAAAUAUGACCCUCUAUGCUGGAUAUUCCCUCCACCUUUCCCUUAAAGGAUUUAGUUUAAGGCAUCGUAUCCUCACUGUACCUUAGAGGUCGCUUCGUGGGAUCAUCAUCAGGGUUUGGACCCCCGUAAGUUGCCUUGGAAAGGAUUCUUACAGUCGGGAAAUUCAUCAUGGUGCUAAGCGUGCUCCUCUGUUUGUUUGAGGACACGCGUCGCUACACAUUUUCAGACACUUGAAUAAAAACGUUUUACCCAGAGAAAA